AUGUGUCGUGUUCUUGCCGAUAAAAUAUUACAAGUUGCCAAGGAUGAUGUCACUGCCCUACACUGUAAAGUUGUUUGCCUCAUCCAGAAUGGGAGCUUUAAAGAAGCCCUUAAUGUCAUCCACAACAGUACUAAAUUGUUAACAAGUGAGGUAAUAGCUUUUGAAAAGGCGUACUGUGAAUAUCGGUUAAACAGGAUUGAAACUGCAUUAAAAACCAUAGAAACUGCACCUCAAAAAACAGAUAAACUUAAAGAAUUGUAUGGACAAGUGCUUUAUAGAUUAGAACAUUACGAAGAAUGUUUAGCUGUUUAUCGGGAUAUUAUUCGCAAUUCCCAAGAUGAUUACGACGAAGAAAGACAGACAAAUUUAUCUGCUGUUUUGGCUGCAAUGAGUUUAUGGGAGAACAAGAUGCCAGAUGAUUUUGAUUUGCAGGAGUCAUCCUAUGAACUUUGCUACAACACUGCCUGCACUCUAAUAGGUCAAGGAAAGCUGAAUGAGGCCAUGCAGAAGCUGCAGGAAGCAGAAGAACUUUGCCGACAGUCCAUUUCAGAGGAUACUGACUUAUCUGAAGAAGACAUUGAUGCAGAAUUGGCUAUAAUUCAUGGGCAGAUGGCAUAUAUUAGGCAGCAACAAGGCACUACAGAUGAUGCCCUCCAACUCUACAAUCAAAUAAUUAAGUUAAAACCCACAGAUAUUGCAUUGCUGGCUGUUGUGGCAAAUAAUAUUAUAACCAUUAACAAGGACCAAAAUGUGUUUGACUCAAAAAAGAAGGUGAAACUAACGAGUGCUGAGGGAGUGGAGCAUAAGUUAUCUCAAAAGCAACUACAAGCUAUUGAAUUUAACAAAGCUUUGCUAUCCAUGUAUACAAACCAGGCAGAUCAGUGUCGGAAGUUAUCCUCCAGUUUACAGUCCCAGAAUCCUGAACAUUUAUUACCUGUGCUCAUUCAAGCUGCCCAGCUUUGUCGCGAAAAACAGCAUUCAAAGGCUGUAGAUUUGCUUCAGGAAUUUGCUGAUCAGCAUCCAAAUAACUCUGCUCAAAUAAAAUUAACAAUGGCACAACUGAAAAUCGCUCAAGGUAAUGUGACAAAGGCCUGUCUAAUACUUAGAAGCAUUAAAGAGCUAGCGCAUACACCUGGUAUGGUGUCGGCACUAGUCACCAUGUAUAGCCAUGAUGAAGAUAUUGACAGUGCAAUUGAAGUGUUCACACAGGCAAUCUGCUGGUAUCAGGAAAGUCAACCAAACUCACCAGCACAUUUGUCUCUAAUAAGAGAAGCUGCCAACUUCAAAUUAAAGUAUGGACGCAAAAAAGAAGCCAUCAAUGAUCUUGAACAGUUAUGGAAGCAGAAUCCUAAAGACAUUCAUACCUUGGCUCAACUCAUCUCUGCAUAUUCACUUGUGGAUGCAGAUAAAGCAAAGGUCCUUAGCAAACAUCUACCAUCUUCUGACACCAUGACUUUGAAAGUGGAUGUAGAUGCCCUAGAAAAUUCCACCGGAGCAACAUUUAUUCGGAAGAAGGCUGGGAAAGUUGCUGCAGAACAAACAAAAGAACAAGGACUGGUAGAAAUUAAGAAAAAGAAGAAGAAAAAGAAGGGUAAACUACCCAAGAAUUAUGACCCCAAAGUUACUCCAGAUCCUGAACGUUGGCUGCCAAUGCGAGAACGGUCGUAUUACCGAGGAAGGAAGAAGGGUAAAAAGAAGGACCAGAUUGGUAAAGGAACACAGGGAGCAACAGCUGCUGCAACUGCUGAAUUUGAUGCUAGUAAAACAGCAGGCAGCCCACCUACAUCUCCCCGGCCUGGAGUGGCAGCACCUGGAGCAACUUCAUCAUCUUCUAGCAAUGUCGUUCCCCCCAGACAUCAAAAGCCGAUUGGUGCUGUUGGUACAAAAAAGAAGCAACAACAAAAGAAAAAGAAAGGAGGGAAAGGGGGUUGGUAAUCCCCCCCCCCCCCCCCCCCAAAAAAAAAAAAAAUGUGCAAACAACUUCUACAAACUAAUUUAUGUCUUAUCGGAUAUUUUUGGUUUAUUUCAUUGAAGUGUACAAAUUUUAGAGCAAUUCAUUUUGGCAAAAUUAUUUGUUCUGUUUUAUUAGAAAAAUAUAUCCGGCAGGAUUUGUAUUUUUUUUUUCUGAAAGUCCAAAUUACAUUUUUAUAUCUAAGGACCAUUUUGACUCAUGGAAAAAGUGAAACAACUAAUUCCUGUAAAGAAAAAUUGUGUUUUACAAAACUUUGAGACAGUGUUCUAAAAAUGCAUUAAUUUAAUCGUUUGAUUGCAAAAUUAAAAUAAGAACAAACACGGUUUUAA